AUUUCCGGUUCUAAAAUAUAUUUUUAUAUUUUUACAGGGUUCACCCCUAUUUUUCUUGCUCACCUUGGUCACCGCCCACGAAUUUCAGAGGAAGGCGGGAGUUCAUCGUCCGAUUCUUGUGGCGGCGGCGCUCGUGACGAGUGGACUUGCCGGCUGCUAGAUGAGCGCCGACGACGCCGGCAACCUGUUCGACGGAAUGACUCCCGGGAAAAAGCACGAGAGUGCGCCGCCGGCCAGAGGCGCCGACCUCAUAAGCUCCCUCCCGGACCAUUUGCUGCACCACGUCCUCUCCUUCCUCCCAGCGCAGGCGGCCGUGCAGACUUGCCUGCUCGCCCGGCGCUGGCGCCACCUCUGGAGGUACACCACAGGCCUGCGCAUCACCGGCCUCGACGGUCCAGUGCCAGCAGAAGAAGUCCGGGUAUUUGUGGACCACCUUCUGAUCCUGCGUGAGCGCACCGACCUAGACACCGUUGAGAUCAAACUCGGAUCACUCUCGGAGGAGGACCAGCCUUACUUGAAACUAUGGGCCCGUUUCGCUGUCAUGUGCAAAGUCCGUGUGCUCACCUUUCAUAUCUAUGACCCUUAUCUCUACCUAGAUGAGAUUCCUCUUGUCUCCCGGCAUCUGAGAACAUUAGACCUUCAAGGUCUAGGCCUAGGCGAGGCCUUUCUUGAUUUCGCUAGCUGUCCUGCAUUGGAGCAUCUGAAGAUGGCCGUAUGUGACAUCAGUGUUGAUAUGAUAUCGUCCCGUACCCUGAAGCAUUUGAGCAUCACCAAUUGCCAUGCCGACUCAGGGCAGCAGGUCCAUCUUUCUACUCCGGGCCUCGUCUCUCUCAAACUAGAUGGCUCCUCGGGUAUGACCCCUACUCUUGAAAACAUGGCGUCGCUAGAGACUGCAUUUGUGUAUCUUGGUCAUCGCUGCGAGGAUAACUGUUUGAGUUACGACUCUGGUGUCUUCUGUGGAACUAAUAACAUUUCAUGUGAGAAUUGUGUUCCUAACGGCGACGGCAGAACCGUACUUCUGGGUUGUAUCUCAAGUGCUAAACAUCUAGAGUUGAUGUCUGAAUCUGGGAAGUUCAUUUUCAUAAGAGAUUUGGAAUACUGCCCGACAUUUAGCAAGUUAAAGACUUUAGUACUGAAUGAGUACUGGUGUGAGGCUCCUGACAUGGGUCCACUAGCUUGCAUUCUGAAAAACUCACCAGUUCUAGAGAAGCUCACUCUUCAACUUUUCUCCAAGGGACCAAAUCAUAUGGUGGAAAUGAAAGGAAUCUACAGUUCAGUGGAGAGGCUGCCCGAAACAUCAGAGCACCUUAACAUAGUUGAAGUCAAGUGUGAUGUGGUUGACGGGAGAAUUCUCAAAGUUCUGAAAUUCCUGUGUGCAUAUAACAUACGAUUCAGUUUCGAGUAAGGGUGAGAAGAUCUGGGUUGUCGGUGAGAAGACCUGCCACCCCUUCCGUAUUCAGAAAUUCAAGGCUUAAGCAUAUAUGCUGCAACUAGGGUUACAUCAUUUUCUUGCAUGUGAACCAUUGUGCCAAUUCUACCCAGAGUACACAACUUAUGAACUCUUCGACUGUCUAGCUUGGCUUGGCUGCAUCGUAUCCUGUAAUAUCUACUGCACUUUUCGUUCAUGUUGAACUUAUUCGGCUCU